AGGGGCCUCGGGGAAUGGGGCGGGCAGAGGCCGUUGACUGAAGGAAGCGUGUUGGUCACACCCCAGGGGUGACCGUCGGAAGGGGGCGCGGCAAGCGGAACCGCGAGGAGAGUGAGAGGGGGACCUGGUUGGGACGGAGCCGGUGGUGCUGAAGGGGGAAUGGGCGCAAUUCUCUGGGUGGCUCUCUGUCCCCGCGAAGCCUACCUCACGGGGCUGUUGUGAGGCUGAAUGGGAGAAAGGAGGAGGGGUCGUGUGCGCCACUCUUGGGGUGAAGGGCGUGAAACAAAUUGCAUGAAUAAAUCCCUCACACACUCUCUCUCUGUAGCAAAUGCCGUGUCGGAUUACGUAUAAGCUAAACAAGCUAUAGCUUAGGGCCCCACUCUCUUGGGGCCCCCCAAAAAAUUUAAAGGGAAAAAAAUACCCUGGAUGUACAUUUCUAGACUAUAAGAUACACUUCUUAAUUGUAUUUCGGUUCAACAAUUACUUUGAUAAAAUGCAUUUUUGUUAUGUGCAAAUGGCUUGAGAUCAUAGAAUCAUAGAGUUGGAAGAGACCACAAGGGCCACCCAGUCCAACCCCCUGCCAAGCAGGAAACACCAUCAAAGCAUUCCUGACAUAUGCCUGUCAAGCCUCUGCUUAAAGACCUCCAAAGAAGGAGACUCCACCACACUCCUUGGCAGCAAAUUCCACUGUUGAACAGCUCUUACUGUCAGGAAGUUCUUCCUAAUGUUUAGGUGGAAGCUUCUUUCUUGUAGUGUGAAUCCAUUGCUCCGUGUCCGCUUCUCUGGAGCAGCAAAUGCCUAUUAGAUACCUAUUAGGUCCGUAAAUUACCCUAUAGCAUAUAUUCAACACAAAAAAACAGUGACAGUUUGUUUUUGAAAAAGGACAGCUGGGCAUAUAAAGGGCCCCAUUACCUUCAGUAACUUAGGGACUCAUCAAACCUACAUCCAGCCCUGAGCAAAUGGGACAUACAUUAUAAGAUGGCAAGCAUGCUGGUCCUAAUGAAGUCCGUACUUAUUAAUUUUGACGCAUAUUAUCCCCGUUUCCGUGCCUGAAGCCUUUGUCAUGCUGGUGAAACAAGCCAGGAGUGUACAGUACUUUAAAAAAAAAGCAAAGGAGCAGCAAGGAAACCCACCACAGAAACAGAACGCACCAGAAGAAAACACACCCAAUUUGUGAGGCUUUUGAAUCAUUUAUUUAUUUAAUUCAUAAAACUAAAUCAUUUAUUUAUUUAAUUCAUAAAACUUAAUACAUCACUUGAUUGUAAAACAAAACAAACCCUCAAUGAGGUGUAUGAAAAGAUAAGGCAAUAAAGCUGAUAACAAUUUACCUUAAGACAUACAAAAAGUUAAAAUAAGCGUGUGGGUAGGCUGCUCUAAUUAGCAGACAGAUGUCUACAACCCAUGGGAACAUAGGAAGGCACUUGUCUGGCUCAGUGUUUCUUCCUACACUGACUGGCAGCAGCUCUCCAGUGUUUGAGAUGGGAGUCUUUCCCAGCCCUACCUAGAGAUACCAGGAAUUGAACCUGGGGCUUCUUGUAAGCGCAAAGCAGAUUCUCCACUAUGGAACUGGGACCAAGGGACUCUGGGCCUUUUCUGGCGGGCAGGGGAGGGGGAAGGGGCAUUUUUGUAGAGUUAGUAGGGCUGUCAUUGUCAGAUCAAAAAAAACUAUGCCUGUGUAGCCAAGGCUGGGAGAUGAGUAAGUGGAUCCUUGCAAAUAGGUAUGGUGCGCAGUGUUCAAGGUAGACGGAUUGUUAGAUGGAGUCCCUCAAGUUACUUAUUUCGGAAAGGGUGAUGGAAGAGGAAUUUGUCAGGUUAGAAAGUCACUGUGAGUGGUUGGCACCCUGUGUAAUGGGGUGGUUUGAGGAGACUUCUGUAGGGAUUCUGAGAACUUGAGGAAUUCAAAGCUAAGUGUAACCGAGGAACAGGAAUUUUCUCAAGUGUAAUGCAUCUUUUCUAAUCUUUUCUUUUCUCUUAUGUGUUUUAUAAUUUUGUAAACCAUCCUGGAAGCUGUACUGAAGAUUAGUAGUAUACAGAUCAUAAAGCAGUACAGUGGUGCCUUGCUAGACGAAAUUAAUUCGUUCCACGGGUCUUAUAGCGAAAAAUUCGUCUAGUGAAUGCCAUAGGAAUGCAUUGAUUUUUUUUUUUAAAAAAAUUGCCCAUAGGAACGCAUUAAUUGAAUUUCAAUGCAUUCCUAUGGGAAACCGCGAUUCGCUAGACGAAUUUUUCGUAAAACGCAUUCGUCUAGCGAGGCAAGCUCCGCUCGAAAAAUCCUUUCGUUAAGCGGAAAUUUCGUUAAGCAGGGCAUUCGUUAAGCGAGGCACCACUGUAUUUUGUGUGGGAUGGGGAGAUAUAUUUUUAUUAUGGAUUAAAUUUCUAUACCGCCCUUCAUCUGAAGAUCAUGGGUUGGUUUACAAUAUGAAGGCAACACUAUGGAAAGGGUAUUUAGAUAGUUUUGAACUGUAGAUGGGGAAAGAGCGGCUUAAAAUGGGGGGGGGAUGUAUUGGUUUAAGGUGUAGAUUAGCUUGUUCUGGAUAAAGUGUGUGUAAAAAUCUAAUUUGAGGAGGGAUCCUGUUGCUGCAGAACUGCUGAUGUUUGGAAGGAAAGGGUGGGCAAGCAAUGAGUUCAUUUAGUGCUACCUGUAUGCCCUGGUAUUCAUAACAAUGCAUUCGGUGCCCAUUUAGAACUGGAUAUAUAUAUGAACCUGCUGGGAUUAAAGAGCUUUUCAAUGUCGGCAGGAUUAAAGAGCUUAUCAAGCUCUAAACAGAACAUUAACAUGUUACCUUAAGUUGUUAGGAACGGCAUGUUCAUCCUGAAAACAGCCUGCAGACAACUGAGAUUCAUUGAGGAAAGUUCAUCGUUGGAAUUAUCCUUUGGAACCUGGCUGAAGUCUUGUGCAACGUGGUGGAUUAUUUAUCUUUUAAGAUUAGACAGGGGUUGCCCCCAUGAGUUCUCCUGUGGAGGAUGUCCAUGAUCCUCUUUGCCUGCGUGGUUCGGGUGAGGGAUGGACUUCCACUCUCCGCCUCCACGGACUUCCACCUAGACCAGGACUUCUUGGAAUGCAGGAAGAGACUCAAGACCUUGUCGUCCAUUCUGACACAGUAUCCAGAGCGUGGGACAGCCAAAGAAUGUGACCUCAGUAUACACUUUCAUUCUUCUGGAGACGUGGCCUGCAUGGGGAUUUGCACCAGCAGUUUCCCAGCUGCCAUGGCGUUCUGCUUUCUGGAAGAGCUCCAGUGGGAGUUUGCCACUACCUAUGAUGCCACCAGUGUGGGCCUGGCUUCCAGACCGUAUGCUUUUCUAGAAUUCGACAAUGUCAUUCAAAAAGUCAAAGGCCGUUUCAAUUACACAAACUGCGCACAGACGAAGUUCAACUUGGAAAAGAUCCAAGAAGAGCUCCUCUUGCGGCCUCCUGCACUUGUGAAGUUGGAAGAUGCGGAGCUGAGGAAUGGGAUUGUGAACGGCCACACGGAGCUCUGCAUGGAAUCUGGAAGACCGCAGAGGAAUUGGAAAUGUGAUAGCAUUUCUCCUGCCCUUUGUAGCCUGCUUUUUGUUGUGCUGCCUUUACCUGUUCUACAGUUCCGCCAGGAAGAUAAAGGUCUUUGUACUUUUUGUCACAGUCUGUCUAUGCAACAUCUACCUGUAUGGUUUAAGGAACAUCUGGCAGAUACUUUUCCACAUAGGAGUGGCCUCCCUUUCUUCCCAUCAGAUAUUGACACGGCAAGUUGUGGAGAAACAGCCAGACUUUGGAGUAUGAAAGCGAUCACGGAAUACCAGCUGCGGGUUGUUUUUUUUUUAAAAAAAUGUCUGGUUUGGGAAAGGGGGUAUUUAACGCUGGUCAAAACCAGCUUGUGUAAUAUGGCGAGGGUUUUCUUUUGUCACCCAGCCUUUCCCAGAAGAAUGGGUUUUAGCUCACAGUUGUGGGUUUAUAGAACCUCAAGGGAACAGGCAUAAACGGUGUCCAACAUAAGGCAGGCUCCUUCGAGCACCAGUCCUUUUCAGAUCAACGCACAUACUCUAGAGAAUGAUCUGGAUGUCCUCCCUGGAGUGGAGCAGAGCUGAGGGCCUGAUGGGUCCUUCCUGUUAUGGGAUUCCGGGAGAAAGAUAGGCUGCAAUUUCCAGCAACCAUAAAACAAAUAAUCUGAUCUGUAGUGUCCUGCAAGCAGAGAGCAGGAGAGCUCUAGACAACAACCCCAGAACAUCAGUCCAUACCCCACUGGAGAAGGCAAGCCACACAGGGAUGGUGAUUGCUUUCACGCUGAAAACCCCCCCUAAAUACGUCCCAGUUGGUUCAAAUACCCACACGGCACCACAAAGGCCAGGCUUUCAAUUCCCACAAGUGUGGUAACACGGCACCACAAAAGGCUAGGCUUUCAACUCCCACAAGUUUAAGACACAGGUAGAGCUAAUAGAAUGGUUCGUGUUUUUUUUAUGGCAAAGAUGGCUUUAAAUGGUAGGCAGCUUAUUGUGACUACGCUAGGGGAGUAGCAUCCGAUAUAGUCUUGAGCGGUAAGAUGCAGUUUGCAUGCAUUUAGGUUAAUAGCAAUGAACGAGUUUGUAUGUAUUAGAGGUAACAGGAGGAAAAGGCUAAAGGUAAUGGCUCUUUGAAGAGCUGAAUAGGAAGGUGGUCCAUUGGGGCAAAUGAGGCGCUGCCCCACCAGCCUCGGUCUGCCCUCAGCCAGGCCCCACCUGCCUGCUUUCUUGCUCGCAACCUGUCCAGAAACUGGCUCCAUCUGUCAGCUUCCUCCUCCUCCUCCUCUUUAGUCUCAGUGUUGCUCUUGUGUAACUCGGCAGGAAGGAGGAUGGGGGCAAAAUUAGCGUUGAUUGGUUCUGCCUGUCAUUGGCUCUGGCGCCACCUGCUGUUGGGCUUCCAGCCUUCUGCCCUACCAGUCCCAACAUGCACCACCAUCAGUGGUGUGGAUCUUCCUUUGCGAAUCAUCCAGGUGGACAUUCCUUGCACAUCCUAUUCAGCACUUUUCCUUCCUGGCCUGUGUGUUGUUUGUACAAAGGCACUGAAGGUAGAACAGGGUAAAAAAGAGGUCCAUUGGCAGAACAGACGGGUGGGAGAUAUCAGCACCAGGCAUUGUCUCGCUGGUGGGGAUCAGGCACCACAAAUGAACCCCCCAUUUGCUCCCCAUGCAGCUUUUAAAUAAUGACCAGAGUGCAAAUUGUUUGCCAGCAACAGCACUGGUUUAGGGUGGCCUCUGGCAACUGGUGCAUCUGCUGUGAUUCUUAAAGAGUUCUAGUUUUCACUUACUGGUAAGUAAACAAAAAUGUUUCUAGUCCUGUGGGCUAAGGAAAUGAGACUAAAAAAAGAGAUAGUCUUCUGACAAGUCUAUAGAGAAGGCCGGGAAACAAGGCUGGGCUCCAGUCGCAGCUUCUCUGCCUUCCUGUCUUGCCGCCCACACCUUUUAAAAAGAAAAAGCAACUCGCUCUAUGGCAGGGGCUCCCAAUAGCCUCCCUGAUGCACUAGCUUUCCGUGAGCAGAAAAUUUCCCGAAGGAACUUUCAGUCUCCCUUUCACAGUCUGCCCUGAUACAAUUCAGGCACAUUUAUUGGAAAUAUUUCUCCUCCCCCUGCUGCCACCUUCUGUGCAAUCUUAACUUUUAUAAGAAUAUAUGAUUAAUGUUAAUGGAAGCUAUUGCCCUGUAACUGAGAAUAGAGCAGGUUCUCUCUCUCUCUCUCCCUCCCUCCUGAUACUCUUAUUGCAGCUCACUGGAUGUAUUUAAGAUUUGUGAACAGAGUUUAAUUUCAGAGCAGCAUGCACUUUCUAAAGCAGUAACGAGAACCUGUGCUCCUCUCAGCCUCUACUGCGCUGUAUAGCCCGGUAUUUAAUGUGUAGAGAUAUGCCAGCAUUUACACCAUUUGUGAACCCUUUUGAUAACUUUUGGAACAAAGUUUAUCGUGUAAAGUUUUGAUGCAGUUUUUCUCGGUGACGGAUUAAGAUGUUUUACAGGAUACUCUCUUACUCUCUUACUUGUGAUAGUUUGGGCUUAGAGUCAUUUGUUGGACUGCACUGCCACCGAGCAAACCAGUCCCACAUCCAUCUUCACUGCAUUUCCUGCAGGACUUGGCCCCCUACUCAGGAUUUUGUAUUUUCUCUCUUGACUUUGCGGGGGGGGGGGGGGGAGAAAGGAUGGAGAGAAUUAACUUUCUUAGUCUGCAGAUCGCUUGAGAUGAGAACUGAAGAAACUAAUAAUUCUCUAAAAUCUAUUGGUAGCUCAUACUGAGACUUCAUUGCUUAUUUAAUAGCUGACAUCCACCUCGAGUCACAAAAAGCAACUCACAUCAUCUCCUGCUUCCCCUUCACUACCAAAAGCAUUGCCUCUCCUCUGCCUGCUUUCCCAAAUACAUCCUGUUCCCCUUCUAAUUUCAGCAUAUCUGUGGAAUGCGCUCCAUCUGUGUUUUCAUCAUUUUUUUCUUAAAAGGAAAGGUCUUCAAAACUUAGCCUGUGACCCUCAGCAAGCUUAGAGAUUAUCCAAAGAGUCAGAAAAAUCUCUUGGUACAGUGAUUGGGUGGGGAUGCCGUUUUUGAAUGAAGCAACGCACAAACUCCCUUCUAGCAUGCCAGAAAGUGCAUUUCUCUCUCUCCUUUUUAGGAACAGGCUUUUUUUUUUCACCUGUGGGGCAUUCACACAAGUGGAUGAUUCCUUCUCGAAUUGUGUAAUUACUUCAUGCAUGGAAGCGUCGCAGGAAAUCAGUGGGGUUUCUUUUCAAGGCAAUGCAUUUGGCGUUCAGGCUGGGCCUGUGCCAACCCCUAUACAGAUUUCCACGGGACACAGGGGAAUCCAAAGGGGCAAAUGCAGGGCAAAGGUUUGUGCAAUGUGGGUAACCAACUGCACAGCUAGUUCUGUGCUUCCACCUGGGGCCCCUUGGCUGGUUCAAAGCUGGCACUGCUGUCAGUCAGCCACUUCCAUUCUGGCGAUCUGCAACCUGCAGGGAAGCUACAUACGCAGUGCAAAGUGCUUUAUGGCCUUGCUUUUCCCUGCAGAAUCUUAGCCCAGUGUGCUUACUGCCUCCUGGUUUUAAAGAUGGGGUAAAGGGCUGCCCAAAUCAACCUCAAGGCGAGCCAAGGAUUGCCAGGCCAAAGCCCACAGCCCCACCCUCUUGACCAUAACAGCCAUUCUUUAUUUUGAUAUUGUGUCUUUUAACAAAGGAGGAAGUGCAAGUUUGAUACGCUGUUUUCACAUAUUUUGAGUUGGGUUUUUUUAAAAAAAAUUUUUUUUUAAAGGGCAUGUGCUAGGCUGAUUGGGGAAAUUAAUGAGACAUAACUCAGUCAGUAGAGCAUGAGAAUCUCAGGGUCGUGGGUUUGAGACCCACACUGGGGGAAAAGAUUCCUGCAUUGCCUGGGGUUGGACUAGAUGACCCUCGAGGCCCCUUCCAGCUCCGCAGUUCUUUGAUUCUAUGAGCCUAGUUCUCACUGAGGUGGUCUGUGUCUGAGUUUGUCUACGGGUGGGGGCUUUCAGGGUGGAAAUUCCCCCAACGCUAAAUAAAUUCCCUGCUCAUGAAAAACCAGCGUGUAAGGGAGAAGGCUAGAGUAGAACCCUUCUCCUAACAACUUCGUGAGAUGGUUUCUUUUGCUUAAUGAAAUGUUUUUAUCAUGUGAGCCCCACAACCUGCGGUCUGAAGCGGCAGAACCCAGAUGUUGAGUUGAUCACAUUACUGAACGCCGGGUCUUUACAGCAGUGAUUGGAACAAUUUCCCCGUCUUGCUGCUAUGCCAUUACUAUACAGUGGUACAGUGGUACCUCUACUUACGAAUAACUCUUACGAAUGGAGCUCCAUCUGUAAGUCGAGGUACCACUGUACUUGUAAAUCGCUUAGAAGUCACUCUGGCAAUCAAGUGGUAUCUCUGUGGUUUUAUUUUUGUACCCUAAUAUUUGGUGGUCUUUCAGGGGAACAUAUUUGCCGUCCAGACUGUCCAUGCGCGUCUCUCAACAAGGCUCAAGCCACCUAUUGUUUUCUGAGUUAAUAUUACGACUACUCCACAGUAUUUCUGCUUUUAUUAUGUUCACUUCUGAGCAGCUGGCAAGAGGCGACUGUCUGUGAGAGAACAAUCCCUCCUGCCGAUGAAGUACAACACCGGCUUCCCGUUUGCUGUGUAAACUGUUACAAGAGUGUCCCAGCAGGCUCCUAAUAUUAGCAGCCAUUAGAGAUUUACAGUGGUACCUCUACUUACGAAUUAUAUGCGUUCCGAACACACAUUUGUAAGUCGAAAAAAAUUGUAAGUCGAAUCCCAUAGGAAUGCAUUGGGAGAAAAAAUUCGUAAGUAGAAGCAACCCUAUCUAAAAAUUCGUAAGUAGAAAAAAUCCUAUCUAAACCGCAUCCAAGAUGGCGGACGGAGCUCCGUUCGUAAGUAGAAACAUUCGUAAGUAUUCGUAAGUAGAGGUACCACUGUAUCUUGUUUACGUAACAGGAUUAUAUCCAACCAGGUUUUAUUCAAAGUAGAUCCAUUGAAUUGAAUGGACCUAAGUUAACCGUGCACAUUAAUUUAAUUGGAUAUGAUUAGCAUUGUAUACAACUCAAACCAACAAAUUGAUUAUUUAAAACCAUGCUGAAAAGGGGCAGAGUUAAGAAUGUAUUUUGAAAAGGACCCAUAUAGGAUGGUUUUGUGCAGCUUUAGAAAAUGAUGCCCAUUCCUGCUUCCUCAUUCCACACUUGGGUUUUGUUUUAGUAACAGCCAACUAAUGCCACAUUUCAAUUUGUAAAAUUUAACAGGAAGGUUAGGAUUUUAAGCAAGCUCCCAUCCCCUUUUUAUUUUCAAACCAAAGAGAUUCCUCAUACUUUUUUUGCGUGUCGAAAAAGACGUACCAUUUUCUGAAGAUGUUUUUGCACUGUAUUAUAAAAAGACUGAUAUUUCGUUGCUGUCGAAGUCAAUUUUUUUGCAUGAGUGUACAUAUGUAUAUAAACUAACGGACAAUUAAAAGUCAAACAAUAAAUGGCCUUUUUGUAAUUACUUGUGACCUGUGAUUUGUACAGCA